UGCUGCGUCCCCCUAGUACUGAUAGAGUUCAAGCCGGACCCCAGGGCGGAGGGUGUGUGAUUGUGAGGAUUUGUGCCCUCGGAACAGAGGGUCCUCUUGUCACUUCUGGCCGUUCGGUACUUGUACGUCCUCCCGAAAUAGUGAUUUGGUCGGAGUAAAGCGUCUCUUAGAUGGUAUCUAACACUAUUAAUCUCUGAUUUCUUAUAACAGACGCUAAAGGUAACUUACGCCGAUACUUAACGCGUUUGGCGCCUCGCACUUAAUCCGUACAGCAGCUAUAGAGGUUGGAAUUUCUAACUCCGUUCAGUAGAUGUGGAAAAGAGUACUGCUUCUGUUUAAGGCUUUUAGUUCAAGAGUGGUGUUAGUGUGUUGGGCCGCCGGGGAAGGCGGUGCCUAUUUAGAAUCGUAAAGAAUAGGUAAAAAUCAUUUCAAUCCUGACUGUUACACUAAUGAGUUUUCUGACCUAGGGAAAGUUACGUAAGUUUCCUGAAUCACAAGUUUCUCAUCUAAAAACCGAGGUCUGUGGUAUUCAAACCAUACUUAUGGGAUACCAUGGCCCGCAGCACUUUGCCACUAGCGUGAAAUAGUGACAGAAUUUUAUCGAAUAGAAAGAGUGAUGAAAGGGAUAGAUUAGAUUUUAUCUUUCAAGUUCUUUGAAAUGUUUUCCUUAAACGUUUAAGACCAUUAACAUGUGACUUUUCUGAAAGCUCAAAUCUUUAUUACUUUCCCUGCUUAUAAUUCUAAAGUGGUUUCUUACUAUUUUCAAAACAACUCCAAACUCCCAAACAUAGCAUACAAGGCCCUUCUUGAUAGGAUCUCUCCUUACAUCUCUCAGCACUGUUCCAUUACUUCUCUCUCCCAAACCCUUACUCCUUACUCUGUACUCCUGUCAUACUAAAACACUUGAGAAUGGGGUAUGCUCUUUUUUCUCCUGUGGAUGCCGAGGUGAGUAUCAUGGUGUCUCUGCCUGGAGUAAUUUCCCUCACCCAUUUCACUUGGCUAACUAUUGUUCAACCUUUAGCACUGCUCAGCUAUCACCCCUCAUCUGGGAAGCCUGUGAUUUCUCCAGUCUAGCUGGGUUUCUAAAGCACACUGAUCAUAAUUCUGAGUUCUAGAGUUUGAAAGAGUCUAUCUUGAUAAUCUCCCCAGUGCAUCCAUGUAUGAACGGAGUUACAUGCAUAGAGAUGUUAUCACCCAUGUGGUGUGCACCAAGACAGACUUUAUUAUUACUGCCAGUCAUGAUGGACAUGUUAAAUUCUGGAAAAAAAUAGAAGAGGGGAUUGAAUUUGUUAAACAUUUUCGUAGUCACCUCGGAGUUAUCGAGAGUAUUGCAGUUAGCUCUGAGGGAGCAUUGUUCUGUUCUGUGGGUGAUGAUAAAGCAAUGAAGGUGUUUGAUGUAGUGAACUUUGACAUGAUCAAUAUGCUAAAGCUUGGCUAUUUUCCGGGACAAUGUGAGUGGAUCUAUUGCCCAGGGGAUGCCAUAUCUUCAGUUGCUGCUUCUGAGAAGAGUACAGGAAAAAUUUUCAUUUACGAUGGUCGAGGAGAUAACCAGCCAUUACAUAUUUUUGACAAACUCCAUGCAUCACCUCUUACUCAGAUACGGCUAAACCCAGUUUACAAAGCAAUAGUGUCUUCUGACAAAUCUGGAAUGAUUGAAUACUGGACUGGUCCUCCUCAUGAAUAUAAAUUCCCCAAAAAUGUGAACUGGGAAUAUAAAACUGACACAGAUUUAUAUGAAUUUGCCAAGUGCAAGGCUUAUCCGACCAGCAUAUGUUUUUCACCUGAUGGGAAGAAAAUAGCUACUAUUGGUUCUGAUAGAAAAGUUAGAAUUUUCAGAUUUUUAACUGGAAAACUCAUGAGAGUCUUUGAUGAAUCAUUAAGUAUGUUUACUGAACUGCAGCAGAUGAGGCAACAGCUACCAGACAUGGAAUUUGGCCGACGAAUGGCUGUAGAACGUGAACUGGAGAAGGUGGAUGCAGUAAGAUUAAUUAAUAUAGUUUUUGAUGAAACUGGACACUUCGCGCUAUAUGGAACAAUGCUGGGCAUUAAAGUUAUAAAUGUAGAAACAAACCGGUGUGUGCGGAUCUUAGGCAAGCAAGAGAAUAUUAGAGUGAUGCAAUUGGCUUUGUUUCAGGGAAUAGCCAAAAAACAUCGUGCUGCAACUACUAUAGAAAUGAAAGCUUCUGAAAAUCCAGUUCUUCAGAAUAUUCAAGCUGACCCAACAAUAGUGUGUACCUCUUUCAAAAAGAACAGAUUUUAUAUGUUUACUAAACGAGAACCAGAAGAUACAAAAAGUGCAGAUUCUGACCGAGACGUUUUUAAUGAGAAACCUUCUAAAGAAGAAGUCAUGGCAGCUACCCAAGCUGAGGGACCUAAACGAGUGUCAGAUAGUGCCAUUAUCCACACAAGCAUGGGAGACAUUCACAUCAAACUUUUUCCUGUUGAGUGCCCUAAGACAGUGGAAAACUUCUGUGUUCACAGCAGAAAUGGUUAUUAUAAUGGGCAUACAUUUCACCGUAUAAUUAAGGGCUUCAUGAUUCAGACAGGAGAUCCAACAGGUACUGGUAUGGGAGGAGAAAGCAUAUGGGGAGGAGAAUUUGAAGAUGAAUUUCAUUCAACAUUGCGACAUGACAGACCAUAUACACUCAGCAUGGCCAAUGCUGGAUCAAACACUAAUGGAUCCCAGUUUUUCAUAACAGUAGUACCAACGCCUUGGCUUGAUAAUAAGCACACAGUAUUUGGACGAGUGACUAAAGGAAUGGAAGUUGUACAAAGGAUCUCCAACGUCAAAGUCAAUCCCAAAACAGAUAAGCCCUAUGAGGAUGUCAGCAUCAUAAAUAUUACUGUAAAGUAAGAUAAGAUUUGUCUCAUUGUAUGUGUAAAUAAAAAUACACAUAUAUUAAAUAUAGGAUUAUUUUACACGAGGAAGCCCUUAAGAUUUGCUGAAUAUACAAAUCAUGUUUCAAGGAUUCAGUAUUGUAUUUUUCAUUAAAGGCUAUUUAAAAAAAAAAAAAAACUCUGCCUUUGAGUUUUCUUGCAGUAGUUCUCAUCCUACGAGGUGAUUAAUUGAAAUGGACUAAAACUGAGACACAGCACUCUUUACAUGUAUUUCUCAUGAGACUUAAAACCAUAUUAAGUGAUAAGAAUGGUUAUGUAUUUGUUCCUUAGCUUUUUAGAAAUAUGCCCUUAUAUGUUUCUUUAGAUCCACUAAGAAAGCAUACCAGGAUCUGAUAGUAAUAUACUAUAUCCUUUCUUUUACAAGGUUUGUGUGUCAUGCCAAAUAAUUUUGGUUUUUGAUUAGUUAAGUAGUAA